UCCAACGCAACGGGCAACAACACUGGCCCAGUUUUUGCUAUUGUUUUCUUGCCAUUCAAAGCCACAUCCGAGCUGAAACGGUGGACACGUGAAACUACUAUCCCGCUCCACUAAAUCACUCCAUAUCAGCUGUUUACUACCGUCCGAAGAUAUCGUUAGCAUCGGCAAACCAAUCCACCGUUGCCAUCAUCAUGAGCAAAAAAGAUUCGGAAAACGUUUGCUUUUGGUUGCCGAACCAAACCGCCGGCAAGAUGGAUGUGCUAACGCCACACAAAAUGAUCGUCGUCUUUCUCAUUCAGGAGUAUCUGCGGCUAAAGAAAACGGUCGCCGACGGUGCUACUCGUGAACAGCCGCACCAGAUCGAGGUGAGUGCCGGCGAUCGGAAGCGGUUCUGUAUGCUGUUGCUGAAGCUGAUCCAGUACCCGGAUCUACCGUACAAAGAUCUGUACGGUUUGUUGCUGUCGCCGGUGUACGGUGUACAUCCGGUCCAUCUGGAGGAGUUCAAGAAGUUGAUGAAGCUACUAAAAACGGUCGGCAUUGAUGUGAUGUUCGAUCUGUAUAACGAAAUCGAUAAGCUCAUCGUGGACAACACGGCCAGCUUCCAGAUCGGUAUAGUUGGGCUGUAUUUGCGCAAGGUGUUUGUCACGAUGGAUCGGAUGAGCUUUCACGAGAUGAAGGAUCUGUAUCUCGCCACUAUUGCCUACUACGACAAAGGCAUGCACGCAAUCCGUCUCGAUCCGUGCCCGGACGCAAGUUACGAGGGUGAUAGUAUGAAGCAAGUACCGAAUCAGUACACCCCGAUUGAACCCUCCGACCAUGGGCAGCUUUCGGCCAAGUGGUCCGUGAAACAGUCGGAAUUGUUUAUCGCCCAACAGAGCGCACUGCUGAAGGAGAACGAAGCCAAAGCACUCCCCCCGAAGGAGCUACAGAAGCGACUGAAUGAAAUUAUUCAUGACCGGCCACACUGUUCACAGGCGUACUUUCUUACCUACAUGAACAAUUUGCGUGUGCGGGAGUUUUUCGGUGCCGUCCACGCGUUGCAGCGUGUGUUUGACCGUAACCCGUCUGCCGGUGCCCCACCGCCUGCAUCCACAGCCACGUCCGAAAGCAAGGAGUAUCAGUACUCGAGCCUUAACCUCGCCAUUUUGCACGCCGAAUUCGGACAGCCCAAACUUGCCAGAGUUUGCCUGCGGGAAUGUAUAAUGCUUGCGCAGGAAAACGGUGACACCACGUGCUUACAGCUGGCACAUGCCUGGUUGUCCCAUCUGGAAGGACACAGCAUGCCAUUGCCAGACAAAAAUACCAGCGGAAGUUUGUUUCAUGCCACCUCACUGCGGAUAUUGUCCCACCUACGGCACGGGUCCAUUACGGGUGAGCAACCGUCGAAACUGUUCGGUCUGCUGAUGGUAAACGAUCUGCUCAACUGUCAGCGAUCGAUGAUGGAUCUGGUGGCAACCGGAAUAGCCGAACGGACCGCACUAUGGACCGUGUACGGGAAGCACGAGCAGGCCUCACUGUGUGCCCAGCUAUUGCUAAACGUCGAUCUCAAAUCGCUCGGUAAAACGUACAACGGGAACGGUAUCUGUCAGGUGCUCUGUUCGCUGGUCGUGCGGUUGGCGCACCUGGGCGAGUUUGGCCACGCGCUCGUAGUAUUGCAACACACGAAACAACGCUUUCCACGUUAUCCGCAGUCGCGCGAUUGGCAUCUUGCCGACCAUUACGUCACGGUGUUACGUGCAAUCUACCGUGGACGUUGGGUGGAAGCAACGGGCGAAUGUCAACGCCUAUAUUCGUACGACCGCAAUCUGGCACUGCUGCUGUUUGCUCACAUUUCCUUAGCAAAGCAGGAUUUCGGUAUGGGGGAAAAAUUCCUCGCACGAUUAAUGCAGGACGAACAGCUGGAACCGCUGACGCGCAUUCGAGCCAUGAUUCUGUCCGCCAACGUGUACCUCCACUGUGGACAUACGAAAGCAUUCCACAUGCUCAGCUGUGCGCAAAUGUUCGCCCAAAAGUAUCACCUACAGUAUGAGGAAGCGUUGGUGAAUCUGCAUUUAGCGUAUCUGCUUCUGAUGCAUCUGCAUGCGCCAUUGCAAGCAUCGCUAUCGCUGAAAGCCGCCCUCGAAACGAUUCUUGCGAAUGGACCGAUUUACGAUCGCGCACGGGCACUGUUUCUGUUCGCCCGGAUACUGGUCGAGAUGGAAAAACAUUCACCGAAUUCUAAACGAUUGCAACAGCUCGGUACAAUGUUGGCAACGUUCGAGGAAGCAGUGGAAAUGUUUGAAAAGUUAGAAUGCUACUGUAAGGCGAAGGAUGUGUACGUGUACCUAGCGCAAACGUACCACGAGCUCGGAUCGUUCGAGGAUCGCAAUCGUUACUCGUACCGGUAUCGGUUGCUGGAGGAGCAGUAUCCAACCGAGCGCCAGUAUUUGAAUGUGUUUCUGUGAAGUGCUAAACCGAGUACAUUACCUUCGG